UCUUCAUCUCUAAAACUCCCUCAAGUUUCAGCAAUAUAUUCCUAGUCUUGUUAAUCUUCCUUUGCUCUCAUUUCUCAAACCUUGUUAGCUACCAUGGCUGUUCUAUCUUAUGAAUCCGAGUUCACUUCCUCUAUCCCUCCUGCUAGGCUUUUCAAGGCCUUUGUCCUUGAUGCAGACAACCUUUUUCCAAAGAUUGCUCCCAAUGCUGUUAAGUUUGUUGAAAUCAUUGAGGGAGAUGGAGGAGCUGGAACCAUCAAGAAGAUCACCUUCGGAGAGGGCAGCCACUUCAACUAUUCAAAGCAAAAGAUCGAAACAGUUGACAAAGACAACUUCGUCUAUGCCUAUAGUUUGAUCGAAGGAGAUGCUUUGAUAGACAAACUUGAGAAAAUCUCUUAUGAGACCAAGUUUAUUGCAGCUGAUGGAGGAUCUGUCAUCAAGAGCAUCAGUAAAUAUCACACCAAGACCGACAACCAUGAUAUCACAGAGGACAAAAUCAAGGCAGGAAAAGAAAAGGCUUCCCAUCUUUUCAAGGUUGUUGAGAAGCACCUCCAAGAGAAUCCUGAUGCCUACAACUAAACGAAUUUUAUUAUCCACUGAAGCGUUGUUUCCUAUAGUUUAUGUCCAUCAAUAUCUAUUUCUUGGGCUCGUUUUUUUACUCUUAAUGUUGAAGUGUGAACAUUUCUAUUUGUUUUAUUAUAAUCAAAUAAAAGCAUCUGGUGAUUGAUCACCAAUUAUUGUAGUUGCAAA